AUGGACAGGUUGCAUUCGUCCAUGCGUAAACGGCUCUACAGCUUGCCCCAUCACAUCGGACAUAAACCGUCCAUCAUGGGCGAAGGAGAAGACGCGGACAAGGACACCCGAAGAAAGAGCAUUCGGAUGAAGCCGCUGCCGUCGCCCAGCUCCGGGGGAAGCUGCAGAGGAAUCGGGGAAACCAAAAGCGGUGAGUCGCUUAUCAUGGAGACCGACAUUGGGAGACCGAUGAAGACCAGCUCCAACGGAGACUGCCGGAGGUUCCGGGGCAGCCUCUCGUCUAUCACCAGCCGCCAUGUGCACGACUCGGACUCGGCGGAGGAGAGGCGCCUCAUCACCGAUGGGGACGUCACCCCGAGCGAAGAGAGCCCCCCCGGGGCGAUCGGCGAGGGCGCCACGGAGCAUGGCGCGCAAGGGGCCAGCGGAGGUGGCGCGUCCACCGACAGCGGCGACGGCGCACCUCCGAGCGAGUCCCAAGAUGACAACCAGUCCGGGUUCAUAAAGUUGGAUGGAAUUGAUCAGAUCCUGCCUGACGAUGAGCGCUUGUACCAGGCCGGCUUCAUGCACCGACAGUUCGGGGCCAUGCUCCAGCCGGGGGUCAACAAGUUCUCCCUGAGGAUGUUUGGAAGCGAGAAGGCGGUGGAGCGGGAACAGGAGCGGGUUAAAUCCGCCGGAUUUUGGAUUAUUCACCCCUACAGUGAUUUCAGGUUUUACUGGGAUUUGACCAUGCUGCUGUUGAUGGUGGGAAACCUCAUCAUCAUCCCCGUCGGGAUCACCUUCUUCAAAGACGAGCACACGCCCCCCUGGAUCGUCUUCAACGUAGUUUCCGACACCUUCUUCCUCUUGGACCUUGUGCUCAACUUCCGGACGGGCAUCGUCAAGGAGGACAAUACGGAGAUCAUCCUGGACCCGCAGGAGAUCAAAACUAAAUAUCUUCGCAGCUGGUUCGUAGUGGACUUCAUCUCCUCUAUCCCGGUGGACUACAUCUUCCUCAUCGUAGAGACACGCAUUGACUCUGACUUCUACAAGACUGCGCGGGCUUUGCGGAUCGUCCGGUUUACCAAGAUCCUCAGCUUGCUUCGCCUCCUUCGCCUUUCCAGACUCAUUCGCUACAUCCACCAAUGGGAAGAGAUCUUCCACAUGACCUACGACCUGGCCAGCGCCAUGGUAAGGAUCGUCAACCUUAUCGGCAUGAUGCUGCUUCUUUGCCACUGGGACGGCUGCCUGCAGUUCCUGGUGCCCAUGCUGCAGGACUUCCCCCCUGACUGUUGGGUGUCCAAAAAUAAGAUGGUGAACGACACGUGGGGACAACAGUAUUCCUACGCCCUGUUUAAAGCCAUGAGCCACAUGCUGUGCAUCGGCUACGGCAUGUAUCCCCCGGUGGGCAUGACCGACGUAUGGCUGACCAUCCUUAGCAUGAUUGUGGGCGCUACGUGCUACGCCAUGUUUGUGGGCCACGCCACCGCCCUCAUCCAGUCGUUGGACUCGUCGCGACGGCAGUACCAAGAGAAGUACAAGCAAGUGGAGCAAUACAUGUCCUUCCACAAGUUGCCGGCAGACAUGAGGCAGAGGAUCCACGACUACUACGAGCACCGCUACCAGGGCAAGAUGUUUGACGAGGAGAGCAUCCUGGGGGAGCUGAACGAGCCACUCCGAGAGGAAAUCAUCAACUUCAACUGUCGCAAACUGGUGGCCUCCAUGCCGCUGUUCGCCAACGCCGACCCCAACUUUGUCACCUCCAUGCUCACCAAACUCAAAUUCGAAGUCUUCCAGCCCGGGGACUACAUCAUUAGAGAGGGCACCAUCGGCAAAAAGAUGUACUUCAUCCAGCACGGCGUGGUCAGCGUGCUGACCAAAGGCAGCAAGGAGACCAAACUGUCGGACGGCUCCUACUUUGGUGAGAUUUGUUUGCUGACUCGCGGCAGACGUACGGCCAGCGUGCGAGCUGACACAUACUGUCGUCUUUACUCGCUGUCGGUGGACAACUUCAACGAAGUCCUGGAGGAGUAUCCCAUGAUGCGACGGGCCUUUGAAACAGUUGCCCUGGACAGACUGGACAGGAUUGGCAAGAAAAACUCCAUCCUUCAGCAUAAGGUGCAACAUGACCUCAGCUCGGGUGUCCUCAACUACCAGGAGAAUGAAAUCAUCCAACAAAUUGUGCAACACGACAGGGACAUGGCCCACUGUGCCCACCUCCUGCAGAACGCCCCUCCCCAAACGCCACCGUCGCCCACACCUGUCAUCUGGGCCCCGCUAAUCCAGGCGCCUCUCCAGGCGGCGGCCACCACCACCUCGGUCGCCAUCGCUCUCACGCACCAUCCCCACCUCCCGCCGACUCUCUUCAGGCCCCCGGUUUCCGUACUGGGGUCCCUGAAGGAUCCUCCCAGUGGGCAAAAGAAGUUUCACACUUUUGGACCAUCAUCACCAGCUCCUGAAUCUGCUGGGGAAUCUCCCGCUAGCACACCUUCAAAACGACGCACCUCUUUUAAGGCUCAGCAUGUAGCAUCAGGUUCAGGGACAAAUAGCUCUAGCCAACAGGGUUCGGGUAGUGAAAGCCACCGUGGACUGAAUGAGACAAAGUCAGGGUUUAAUGUAAACGGGUCUUCGGCGCUUCCUCACAGACCGCACUCGUCGUCUGGUUUGCCCUCAUCUAGUUUGGCCCAGCUGCACUCGCAACCGCAGCAUCAGCAGCCUUUUCGCUCCACCACUCCGCCUUUGUCUAAUUUCUUCCGCCAAACAUCAACAGGUGGAAGCACGGGGUCUGGGAUAAGCGGAAGUGCAGUCGGAGCCUGUGGCGGUGCAGCGGAUUGGCCCCUGGGCGGAGCAGUCGGAGAGUCUUUGGAAGGGGCGAGCGGAGACGAUGGAGGAUGGGCCAGCGAGGACUUUACAGCUGCGACGGUUGAAGCGAAUUCACUGAAAAUCUUUAAGUUCGGGGCAGAUCCCAGUGGAUCAAUGGGGGGUAUCUCAGGGGAAUCACUCGGAGGGGGUUACGAAGGAUCAACGAGUGGUACUUGUGGGAUGAGCACUGGCAGAUCAUCAGGGAGAGCUUCUGGUGUUGGGACAGUGGGAGAGACCUCUAUAGACUUCCUGGUCUCUACAACCGUUGCAGGGUCAUUAGAAAGGACUUCCCGUGGGUCAAUAGGUGGGACUUCUGAAAAACUACUCGUAGACGUGACCAAUAGCGGAUCGCUUGGGCGCCCCUCUGUUGCAACCAAGGUGUCUGGAAGAUCAGCUAAAGGAGUAGCCGUGGGUUCCCUUACCGGUCUUUCGAGUGACUGUCUGAUAUCAAAUCCCGGAGGAGGAUCUCUGGGAAAGGCUUCCAGCGGAGCAGCAGCUAGCUUCAUAGGGGUAGGUUCAAGUGGGCCAGGAGGAGGGGGUAUUGCGACACUUAAGAACAGGACAACAGAGGGCACAGUCGGAGGCCAUGCAGCGAGUGGCCCUUCAGGGGGGGCCUCUGGUGGUGCCACAGGACUUAAUACUUCUUCACGUUGUCAGAGCCCAAUAUCUACUGUUUCUUCCAGCCCCAUGCCAGGACAGCUUCUCUACAGUCAGCCACCCCCCAAGCAUCCUCAAGUGACCCCCUUGCAACAAUUUGCUGGAGGAGGCAGGACUACAAGUAGCUUGAACCUCCUCCACUCUCCUCCACAUAGCUCUCCAUCUUCAAGCAAAGGACAGAAUGGCCAACAGCCUACUGAGGGUUCACCAUCAUCGCUGGGGCAUUUUAGCCUGGCAGGUCUCCAAUCUGGAUUUCUUCCACACCAGUUGUCUUUGGAGAGGUCUGCCUUGGCUUCCCUGGCCCAGUACGGUUCAGCCAACGCCUCACCAUGCCUUACUCCGGUAGCACCCAGCCCGACUAUUCAAAGUCCUGUGACAAGCAGGACUUUCCACUUCAAUGACCCACCCAGUGCCACAGGAUCCCACAGUUCUCUGCUCAUGCCUCAGUCUUCUCUUCCUUCGCAUCCUUCGGUCCAGACACACACCGCAGGAAGAGAUCUGCAGCCCGGUCGUUUUUCCGAGGAUCUAAAGCUGCUAUCAAGCUCGCACCCAUCUCUUCCCCAGGAGGUAGCCCAGGCCUUUGGCCACCAAACUGCUUGCUCAUCUGUGGAAACAGGUUAUUACCACUCACCCUUCUCCUCGCCCACUUUAAAAUCCAAACCGUGUAGCUCAGUUCCGGGUCAUAUGACUCCUCCAGUCCAGCUUUCUCCGGGCCGCCCCCAUCAGACUCACUCCCCCGGAGCCUCGCCGUCCUCGUCACUCCGGAGGGGCUCCUCUGCCUGCUCAUCGGAUCUAGAAACUCCAACUGUCCGCUCAAAGCUUUCUUCCAAUUUGUGAGGAUUGAUCACACCCUCCUGUGCUCCUCCAGACUGAAAUGCACACAAACUUUUUCACCUUGUGAAUUAGUGUAAUUCUCAUUUAUCAGAUGUCACUGUGUUCCGCCUUUUAUUUGACCUUCAAUUUGCUGUGAUUUAAGAGACACUUUACCAGGUAACACUGUUUUACGCUUUGUCCAAUUCUUAUUUAUACGUCAUGUAUAUAGAUAGAGGUAUAUUUAAGUGAUACAUUAAUCGAGGAGGGUGUGAAAAUCAUCUCUAUUUAAAG